ACGGCUCGUGAAGGCAGCAGUAGUUGGUCACCGGGCUGCUGGCUGCCAGUCUGCGUCUUUAAAGGCCGCCGCCGCCGCAGCAGCAGCAGCAGCAGCGGCCCCCGCUAGCAGAGGCUCCCUGAACUACCAGCGCUGCUGCAUCUCUCUGGAGCCUCCAACAUCUGCAGGUGGUUUCAGAAGCAGCAGCUGCUCUGCCUGGAUUUAAUUCGUUCACUCACUCCGAGAGGCAUCGCCGCUAUUGUUUGUUUGUUUGUUUGUGUGCAUUUGCUUCCACUUCCGGGCGGGUCUGCUCUUCAUCGCCGGUGGAAGAAGAAAAAGAAGAAGAAGAAGAAGGAGGAGAGGAGCGGAAGGAGGAGGAGAAGUUCACCCGGCAUCGAUGCUUCGAGCUGGGAGGAUGGAGGAGUUUGUAACGGAGGAGGAGGAGCCGUGGUACGACCAGCGGGACCUGGAGCAAGACCUGCAUUUGGCUGCGGAGCUCGGCAAGACUCUCCUCGAACGCAACAAGGAGUUGGAGGACUCUCUCCAGCAGAUGUACAUCAACAACGAGGAGCAAGUGCAGGAGAUAGAGUACCUGUCCAAGCAGCUGGAAAUGCUGAGGGAGAUGAACGAGCAGCACGCCAAGGUGUACGAGCAGCUGGACGUGACGGCCCGAGAGCUGGAGAUCACCAACGAGAAGCUGGUGCUGGAGAGCAAGGCCUCGCAGCAGAAGAUAGACAGGUUGACGGGCACCAUGGAGACCCUGCAGAGUCAGGUGGACGGUCUCACGACUCGGGUGGAGGAGCUGCGGACCCUGGAGGAGCUGAGGGUGCACAGAGAGAAGAAGGAGCGGCGCAAGACGGUCCACUCGUUCCCCUGCCUCAAGGAGCUCUGCACUGCUCCCAGAUAUGAGGACGGGUUCCUCUUGGCCAACCCUGGCAGCGUCGACCUGGUGGAGAAGGAGCCUCUUGACAAGGAAAACGAUCGCCUCAGAGACAUCGUGUCCUCCCUGCACUCGGCCAUGGCCUCGGAGCGGUCGAAGCGGGAGAGCGUGGAGAGGGAGUGCGCCAUGGUGCUGCAGGAGUUCGAGCAGCUGGAGCAUCGCCUGCUGGGCGCUGAGGGCUGCAAGCUGCGGGUCCAGGAGCUCGAGGCGGAGCUGCUGGAGAUGCAGCAGCUCCGGAGGUCCAGGGUGUGUCUCAUCGGAGACAUGGAGGACGGCUUGGAGACGCUGCUCGGCAACGGCCCCGAGACGGACACCCCGGAGGAGGAAGGUGGACAGGAGGAGGGGGGUGAAGCCGAGGGAGGAGCCGGGCAGCAGGGCGGAGGCCCGGUGCGGAAGAGCUGCAGUGACACGGCCCUGAACACCAUCUCGGCCGCAUCCGGCCGGCGCCAGGGCGGGUACCCGCUUCAGGGCAACGGCGCCCGCAAACGGGGGAUGUCCAUCCUGCGGGAGGUGGACGAGCAGUACCACGCCCUGCUGGAGAAGUACGAGGAGCUGCUGGGGAAGUGCAGGCGCCACGAGGAGACCCUGUGCCACGCCGGGGUGCAGACCUCACGGCCCGUCUCCAGAGACCCCUCCAUGAGGGAGUACAGCAUGAGCCCAGCGGAGCCUUCCACGUCCGGGGCCGGAGCCGUCGGCCCCCCUACGCCUCCGCAGACCCCGUCCACGCCGGAGGCACUGGAGGGGAUCAGCAGGCAGGUGGAGCAGGUGGACAAGCGGCUGAGUCAGAACACGCCAGAGUACAAGGCGCUGUUCAAAGAGAUCUUCUCCCGGCUGCAGAAGACCAAGAGGGACAUGAACUCCCCAAAGAGCCGAAAGACUCACAAAUAAAACAGAACCCCCCCUUCCACCCCGCAGUGAAGAACCUAAAUGCACUGAGAAAAGCUCAAGCUAAUUUACAAAGCAUUACCUCACAGUUCAGCUGCUGAAGUAUAGGAAACACUACUUAUUCAUGUAAAACUGCCAAAUGUUAUUUUGCUGUGCAGGAUGUCUUAUACAGGCCAGAGAUCAGAAGGUAAAGAUGGUUUUGUUUAGUUUUUUGUAAUCCAGAUGUCAGAGUGACUGACUAUUUAUUUCAGUAAGAAGCCAAAUGAACCUAAAGCAGAAAGCGUGAGGGGCUUUGGACAUUUCCAGCAUGUACUUGUUUAUAACUUCACUAAAUGCUUAAAAAAAUGACUAAAUAAAAUCACAAGCUUUAAAACUGAAGCAAAUCUUAAUGUUAUAUAUUUAAUUUUGUUUUCCUGGAUAUGAUAAAUUCAGAGAAUCAGCAAUUAAAUUAUAUCUGAAGUUUACUUGCACAUGCUGCAGGAUUAAAAUAUUUAAUAUCCCCUCAAAAGGUCUCAGUAAAUUUAAUUGUGUUUUUGUAGCCAUCAACAAGCUUCAGACAAAAGCUUUGGGUGGAUAUUUAGCCACUCCUCUUGGGCAAGUUGGUUGUUUUCAUCUACAUGGUGUACAUUCAUGGCACGGACUUUGUUCUUAAGCAGUUUUGAACAGGUCAAUAGAGGUCAGGGUUUUGGGAGGGGCAGUCUAAACCAGCAUUCAAUUCAGUUUAGUUUACAAUUCAUCAAACCACAGCAACGAUAUCUUGACGGAUUUUGCAAAAACAAUGAGGUUAAUAGAUUCAGCAGUUAAGAUUUCAGUGAUUCGAUUAUUUUAAAACGGGUUUAGAAAAGAUGUACAGAAAAAAUAAAACUGGUGUGCCAGUUUUUUUUUUCCAUGUUUCAUAUUUUAUAGACAUUUCUAUUAUCACUAAAACCAAGACAUUUAAUAGAACCUAAGUCUCAGCAUCAUGCCAUGACUGAUCAGAUCUACUGUAAAACAUGAAUUAAGACCAGAGUACUGGAUGAACAUCUAAAAUCAUUUAAAUGCAACUUCUGCAGUUUGAACACAAACAAGAGACACACACACGCGCCCAGUCUGAACACUUUAAUUUGAACACCAGAGAUCCGUAAACUGUAGGCAAUACAGACAGCACACAAUAAGUUUAACCCACCUCACUGAGAACAACCGUCAGUCCCACGAGCUAAACGAGGCCAAACUGGCGUUCAUUUACAUAUGGAGUGUAUAAAACGAGAUAACACUUAGCAUGGCCAGCUGUGCGUGCAACCAUUAACGUGCUUAAAGGCUGAGGUUUGGAUACCGCUUGAGACAAUGAGUCUGGAGGCACAAUCAGCAGAAAUAAUCUCCAAGUCGUAAAGUGAACGGUUUAACGCGUCCUGUAUUCGAUUCAGCAUAGAAGACAGCGAUCGGGACUCUUAGAGUUCAGUUUUAGAUUUUUAGACCACUACGAAGAAAAAUGAAGAAAUGAAUGUUCUC